AGGAGGCGGAAGAAGACGGCAGUGGAACCAGGAAGAAGGGGCUUAUUUUAACCUGAACAGGCUCAGAACCGCCAAAGAACCGUCAGAGCGUUACUUUCUGUAAUUGUCAGGCAUCGUGUUCGUGUCGAGAUGGAAGAAACACUCUUUCAGCUGAGGUUUACAUCGAAGCAGCUUGAGAGACUGGCAAAGAAGGCAGAAAAGGAAUCAGAAAAGGAGCAGGCCAAAGUCAAGAAGGCUUUGCAGCAGAAAAAUGUUGAAUGUGCUCGAGUUUAUGCUGAGAACGCCAUCAGGAAAAAGAACGAAGGUGUGAACUGGCUGCGCAUGGCGUCCCGAGUUGAUGCGGUGGCCUCUAAAGUCCAGACUGCCGUCACCAUGAAGGGAGUGACUAAAAGCAUGGGCCAGGUGACCAAAGCCCUGGAUAAGGCUCUGAACUCCAUGGAUCUGCAGAAGGUUUCCGCAGUAAUGGAUAAGUUUGAGAGCCAGGUUCAGAACCUUGACGUCCACACCUCAGUGAUGGAGGACUCCAUGAGCUCAGCCAUGACACUGACCACGCCCCAGGAACAGGUGGACGACCUCAUCCACCAAAUAGCAGAAGAGGGCGGCCUGGAGGUGAUGGACCAGCUGAAUCAGCUUCCUGCUGGAGCGACGUCACUGGGUGGAGAGAGUUCCCGGAGCCAGGAGAAGGAGGACCAGCUGUCUCGGCGGUUGGCAGCUCUGAGGAACUGAAGGCGCUACUGCAUGGAGGAGCAGGACGGCAGCAGCUAAAUGUUUGGAUUGAACUGUUCCUGCUGGGAGAACUUAAUGAGUUUAUUGAUUUUCCUCCUCUGGCCUAAAAAUAAACCACAGCAGCCAGGAAUAGCAUCAGCUUUA